AUGAGCGAAUCUGGUUCUUCUCGAUCUAUUCCCUUCAAAUCGAAGAAACGACUAAUGGAUUCACUCGGUUCAAAAUCCAAACCCGAAAUCCCUAAUCCGUCUUCUGUAGCUUUACCCACGCCGGAAAAACCUCCGGAGAACUUAUUCACUAGAUCCAGAAACCGAUCUGUUGCUUUAUCAGUGAAAGAGAUUCGUCAAGCGGCUGGAUCUCGUCUCAGAUCUGAAGAUCCAGUGGGUAAAGUCCCAUCCGCCAAAAGCAAGCUCGUUUUCUCAUCCAACGAUUCGUCAUCUUCUCCUUCCAAGCGAGUAUGCACUAAUAAGAAUCCAGAGAAAGAGCAAUUACCUGAGAAGUACGAAGUUCUGGGUAAGUUCUUCGAUGCGUUGGAUAGUUCGAUUUUAUUGUCGAAAUUGAGAGGUUCUAAGCCGACAUUUCUCAACAUUUCAAGGAAAAUCGAACAUUUAACCGAAAGGAGGUUUUGUUACAGUCAUUUGGGUCAAUUAAAGCAUAUAUUGCCAGAGGCAAUUGAGAUUAAGAGAGUAUUGAUACAUGAUGAAACUACUAGCUGCAUGAAACCGGACCUUCAUGUUACACUUAACGCGGAUGCAGUUGAGUACGAUGACAAGUCGAAAUCAGAAAGUAAGAAAAUCGCACUUCGGAAAGUGUUUCGAGCUAGACUUGCAGAAUUUGUUAAAGCUCAUCCUCAGGGUGAUGAAGUUCCAGAGGAACCGCUUCCCGAGCUAUAUAACAGAAGGAAACCAAAUGAAGAGUCCAAUCUCGAGGUUAAGAAUGUUGGUUCUGUCAUGGAAGAGAUGGCUUCUAUUUCAGCAGCUACAUUGAUUUCGUAUCCCUUUAAAAUCGCAUCGACUCCGGUCAAAACAGCUUCAAGUCUGGCUAAACCAACUUCGUCCGAGAUUAAGAAUACGUCAACACCAGUAAAACCAGUGUCUACUCUGUCUGAAGUACCUUCAACCCCGGCUAAAAUGAACUCAAUACCAGUUAUUGUUGCUUCCACUCCGCCUGAAUUUGCUUUGACUCCUGCCCGGCUGGUCAGUACUUCACUAGCAGUUCGUUCGAAGAAAAGAAGCAGCGAAUCUGCAAAGCCAGAUGAUGUGUCUGUCGACCCACUGACUAAGUUGGCAAGGCGCUUAACACCUAGGCCACUUAAAUUUGAUUCUUAUACAAAGGACAAGAAAGCCAUGGAUGUGACAGAUGUUGAAGACAUUGAUCAAGUACCAGAGGAAGAAGAUGUAUCCAGCGAUGAUGACUUAAGCAUACUACCUGAUAAACUUCGACAAUCGAUUAAAGAACAAGAGAGGAAAGCAAUCGAGGAACAAAAUCCAGCAAUCUCACAGGCAAAGAGGAGGCGAAAGAUGAUCGCUUGUCUACCUAAACUUUUCAAUGUCAUCCAUUACUUAAUUCAAUCGAUAAGGCGUUGGGUUAUCACAAAAGAAGAGCUCGUGCACAAGAUAAUCGCGGGUCAUGCUGAUAUUACGGACAGAAAAGAAGUUGAAGAACAGCUUAUCUUAAUGCAAGAGCUUGUCCCUGAAUGGAUGUCUGAGAAAACAUCAUCGAGUGGAGAUUUGCUAGUAUGGUGA